AUGUUAAUUUUAAAAGCUCCUUUCUUUUUAGGAGUCCAAUCUCAAGUCCAGUUGGUGGAGUCUGGAGGGGAUGUGAGAAGACCUGGGGAGUCCCUCCGUCUCUCCUGCCAAGCCUCUGGAUUCACCUUCAGCAGCUAUUUAAUGAACUGGGUGAGACAGGCUCCAGGGAAAGGACUUGAAUGGGUGGCAUUCGUAAGCGAUGGUUCUGUUAGAAUUACAUACUCAGACAAAGUGAAGGGAUGCUUCACCGUCUCCAGGGACAAUGCCAAAAGCCAGCUGUAUCUGCAAAUGAACAGCCUCAAACCCGAAGACACAGGAGUCUAUUACUGUGCAAGAGACACAGUGAGAGGAAGUAUAUGCAAAUCAAGGAACAAUUUCCCCUUUAAAGGAGUCCAAUGGUUUGCCUCCCAAAUAAACAUUGUGUUAUUUUCUGAUCUAUCUCUUUUCACUUCCUGCCAAUCAUUAGAGUGGGCAAACAUGUGGCUAAACCUUGUGUCCUUACUAGCAGUCCUCAAAGGAGUCCAGUCUCAAGUCCAGUUGGUGGAGUCUGGAGGGGAUGUGAGAAGACCUGGGGAGUCCCUCCAUCUCUCCUGCCAAGCCUCUGGAUUCACCUUCGGCAACUAUGCCAUGAGCUGGGUGAGACAGGUUCCUGGGAAAGGACUGGAAUGGGUUGCACUCAUCUAUUAUGAUUCCAGUAAAAGGUUCUACUCAGACAAAGUGAAGGGACGCUUCACCAUCUCCAGGGACAAUGCCAAAAGCCAGUUGUAUCUGCAAAUGAACAGCCUCAAGGCUGAAGACACGGCAGUCUAUUACUGUGCAAGACACACAGUGAGAGGAAGUGAAUCUGAAACCAUACAAGGACAGAAAAUGGUCUUGCAACUUGUCUUGGUGUCCAUAUUAGUUCUCUUUCAAAGAGUCCAAUCUCAGGUCCAGCUGAUGGAGUCUGGAGGGGAUGUGAGAAGACUUGGAGAGUCCCUUCGUCUCUCCUGCGAAACAUCUGGAUUCACCUUCAGCAACCAUUACAUGUACUGGGUUAGAAAGGCUCCAGGGAAAGGACUGGAAUUGUUGGCCAGCAUAAGUACAAGCUCAUCUCCUUCCACUUACUACCCAGAUAAAGUCAAGGGCUGCUUUACCAUCUCCAGGGAUGAUUCCCGCAGCCAUCUGUAUCUGCAAAUGAACAAUCUCAAACUGGAGGACACAGCUGCCUAUUACUGCUCAACUUGCACAGUGAGAGGAAGUGAAUCUGAUGCAGAGCAAAAACUUUCACAACAGAGCAGCUGUGAAAAUUGA